GUCGCCACUCGCCCCGCCCUUCUCGGCAAGAUGGCGGCGCCCAGCUGGGGCGUGCUGCGCCUCCGGGUUCGGGGUUUCGGGCAGGGUGUGGGCAGUCUCCUCUGUCUCGUGCCAAAGCCAUUUUGUACCGCCGCCGCUGCUGCUGCCUCUAAGCCCCUGGACGCCCAGCAGUUAGCGGAGAAGCUCCGAGCCCAGAAACAGGAACAAAAAGCGAAGAAGGAGCCGGAGCUCAAAAACCCGGUCCAGCGGAGAGUGCACGAACUAGUGCGGUUCACUCAGCAGUUGCAACGAGUCCACCCCAACGUGCUCGCUAAGGCACUGAGCCGGGGGAUUGUCCACCAGGACAAGGACCUUGUGGUCAUCAAUAAGCCCUAUGGUAUCCCUGUGCAUGGUGGCCCUGGGGUCAAGCUCUGCAUCAGUGAUGUCCUGCCUAUCCUGGCAAAGGUGCUUCAUGGCCACAAGGCAGAGCCCCUGCACCUGUGCCACCGGCUCGACAAGGAGACUACAGGCGUCAUGGUGUUGGCUCGGGACAAGGAGGUGGCACACCAGGUCCAAGAGCUCUUCAGAACCCGGCAGGUGGUGAAGAAGUACUGGACCAUCACUGUGCGCAUCCCUGUGCCCUCAGCAGGCGUCGUGGAUAUCCCCAUCGUGGAGAAGGAGGUGCAAGGGCAGAAGCACCACAAGAUGACGCUGUCCCCGAGCUACCGCAUGGACAACGGGAAGAUGGUGAAAGUGCGGGCCAACCGGAGCGCACACGUGGCUGUGACUGAGUACCAGGUGCUGAGCAGCACCGUGUCCUCCGCCCUCUUGGAGCUCCACCCUAUCACUGGAGUAAAACAUCAGCUUCGUGUUCACCUGUCUUUUGGAUUGGAUUGCCCAAUCCUUGGCGAUCAUAAGUACUCAGACUGGAAUAAGUUGGCCCCUCAGAAGCUGUCUGCCGGCACUCUGCGGAAGCUGGGGCUGCCACAGGCGAAGGCCCGCCACCUCCCUCUGCACCUGCAUGCCCGCCAGCUCGUCCUGCCUGCCCUGGGUUCCAGGAAGGAGGAGCUCAACCUGGUCUGCAGUCUCCCUCGCUACUUUGUACGUUCUGUGAGCCGCCUGGGCCUAAAGCUGCCAAGUCAGGAUCCAGACGAACUACAAAGCUGAGCCCCUGGGAGUUUAGGGAAGAUGGCUGGACAGUGCGCACUGGCCUUGAAUUCUUCCCUUUGUUGAAUGGAUGCGGCUAACUUCUCCUGUGGGACAGACUCCAGAAGAGCCAAGCGAGGAGCUGAAAGACUCCAGCUGCUCAGGGCUCUUACUGGAAACUGAUGUGUAUUUUCUGAUCCUGGGCCACAGCCUGGGAAAGCCCGUGGGAAGUCUCCCUGCCUCGGGGUCAUCUUGCCAAAAUGGACAAGAGCCCAGGACAAGGCAGGUGGGGGUCACUGAUUGGGAACCGAGAACUGCAGCCCGGAACCUGUGAGCAGGCGUUUUUCACCCAACAAUAAAGUUCUUAGUCCACCAGGCAGGCUCCUGUGGUUGGGAGGCACGUGUUUGGUACUGGCAGAUGAGAACUUCAGAAGCAGCCUGUCACCGUCCCUGGAACUGCGGGACCAUGAGCAAGCCCUUCUGCUUCGUUUUCCAUCUCAGGUUUUGUAGACACAGAAUUCGGGGAUUCCCUCCAGCUCCAGCCUGUGAGCCAUGCUUCUUCACCUGUGAUCCUGGGACCUGGGACGGGUGCAUGACAGCAGGGAAGCAGAUAAAAACGUAGGCAGAUAACAGGAAGGAGUGGCGCGGGCAGGUGUGCACGUGGUGAGGGCACACACCGUCUGAAGAGGGCAUUGGAUGGCUCCAUCUGGGCGUGGCUGUGUGGGAACAGCUGUUAUCAUUAUUUUCAGAGUCAGGAAAUCCAGAUGUUUAUGUGAAAUGUCCCUGUAUGUGGCUAAGUAAAGCAAU